AUGGCUCAUCGAUCUGCAUCUUUGGAGAACCUCUUAUGCACUAACUUGCCUCCAUCCGAACGGGAAGCUAAUGUGUUAGACACUCGGAUUUUGGAUGCAUAUGAAGCACUUGAAGGACUGAACCAGGAGAUUGGAAAGGUACAGGCAACUCUAUCAGCAAUGCAGAAUGAAAAGAAGGCUAUCUUCAAACUCAUCACUGAAUAUAAACUGUUGCUGUCCCUUGUUCAAUGUCUUGCUCCAGAGAUCCUGAUAGAGAUAUUUCGAUGGUCAAUCAAAAGCCUUCCUGAAGGGAACUUCAAUGUUACCGAUCCAAGGUCAGGACCAUGGGUUCUCACCCAUGUCAGCAGUCUCUGGCAUUCAGUCACGCUUGGAUGCUUGGAGCUUUGGUCGAGUUUCACUAUUUGCUUUUCUGUGCUGACCUCUGGAUCUCGGGAGCACAUGAACUAUGCAUACAUUAUGACUACGUGUAUGGUAACACUGACCAAGAAGGGUACACCCUCCUCCAUGCUUUGA